GUUCCGGUCACCGGUAUGUUUUUCCAAAAAGUUUAAUUUUACAUUUAGUGGCAUAUGGGACUGUUGGAAUGGUAAUUUAGCAAUGUACUUGUAAAUGACUAAUGAUGGAUCACAGACAAGAAAGAAUAAGGAGGAACUUUGCUCGAAAACUGGCAUUUUCAAAACUCGUUGAGUCGAAACAAAUCAGUGGAAAACAAGAUGAUUCUGCCAAUCAGUGGAGCUGCUGUCGAGCUAUGUUUACAGAUGGUACUUCAAUACACAAGCACAUUGCCAUGGAACACAAGGAUGAUGUCAAGGCAACAACAGAAAGCUUUCUUAUCAAUGGCUGCGAUGAUUCCAAACUAAAAACUCUCAGAAAACUUCAUACUAUUGAUACUAUUGAAGAAACUCACUCAGUUCUACCUGAAAAAGUAACAAGUACAAGUGUGUUUCCAUGGUUACCAGAUGUUUCAUCUAGUGAAGAGAGCAGUAAGGAAAAGUCUGAUGAUGCCAAAGGAACGAUCCUAUUAUUUUACAAAUACAGAGAUGUUCCCAGUCCAGAGCAUAUGAAGUCAUGGCAGCUUGAACUAUGCCGUAGAUUACACCUAAUGGGGAAGGUGAGAGUUGGCAAGGAGGGAAUCAAUGCUACAGUUGGUGGUACCACGGCCAACACGGGGAUAUAUACAUCAGCUGUACUCAGUCAUCCAUGGUUUAAUGACAUGCUGCACACAGACUUCAAGACAAGUCCUGGUUGUGCUGGAGACUUCCCUGAUGGUUUGAAGGUUGGCAUAUAUGAAGAGAUAGUUCCAAUGGGUAUCAACCCUGCAGUAGUCAGUCACAAAGACACAGGUGUUCACCUUGAUCCUGCAGAGUUCCAUAAGGCCAUAGAAGAACACUUGACUCACCAAACUGCAGAGAGGGAUUCGGUGUUAGUGGACUGUAGGAACUUCUAUGAGAGUAAGAUUGGUCAGUUUAAAGAUGCCUUAGCCCCAGAUAUCCGUAAGUUUAGUUACUUCCCAGAAUAUGUGGACAAGAACCUAGAUACAUUCCGAGACAAGAAUGUCUACAUGUAUUGUACUGGAGGCAUCAGGUGUGAACGUGGUUCUGCCUACCUCAAAGCUAAGGGUGUGUGUAAAGAGGUGUACCAGCUUAAUGGAGGUAUCCAUAAGUACUUAGAGUCCUACCCUGAUGGCCUUUAUAGGGGAAAACUGUUUGUCUUUGACAACAGGUACACCAUCAGCUCCAAUGAUGACAUAUUGUCAAAUUGUUUUUACUGUGCCAAGCUGUAUGAUAGCUACAAGCCCUGCAGCAGUGCCCAUUGUCAUAUCCUGGUGCUCAUAUGUGAGGAAUGUACAGCUAAGGGGUUCACAACUUGUUGCCCAAGGUGCCAACUCAAUACAGACAAUAACCUCACAAAGGAGGAGUGUGAUUGUACCCAUAAUAGACCUCGAAUACCAAAGGAGGACAUUUCAUGAUUAAAUGUGCAAUAUGGUUUUAAUUAAUGAAAAAUGACAAUUUAUUGUAUUCAUAUUUUGAUGUACCAUAUGUUGUGUACAGUGUGGUAAAAAUGGAAACCCUGUCACUAUUGUCCCAUAUCUUUAUCAUUUUAGAGAAUUACUCUCUGAUAUUUGGCACAUUUGUACAU